UGAGGGGGUGGCGGGGCCGGCCGGGUGCGGCGCGAUGCGGGGCGGCCGCCGCCUCUUCCCGCUGCUGCUCCUGGCACUGCUGCCCGGGCUGUGCCACGGCAAGGAGCCGGCGCCGGGCGCCGUGACUUGCGGCUCUGUGCUGAAACUGCUCAACACCCGCCACAGCGUACGGCUCCACUCGCACGAGGUCAAGUACGGCUCCGGAAGUGGGCAGCAGUCAGUGACAGGAGUUGAAGCCUCAGAUGAUGCCAACAGCUACUGGCGGAUCCGUGGGAAGAGUGACAGCAGUUGCCAGCGUGGGACACCAGUGAAAUGUGGGCAAGCCAUACGACUCACCCAUGUUAACACUGGGAAAAAUCUGCACACUCAUCAUUUCCCAUCACCACUCUCCAAUAACCAAGAAGUAAGUGCCUUUGGGGAUGAUGGCGAAGGAGAUGACCUGGAUUUCUGGAUUGUGCAGUGCAGUGGGACUUACUGGGAGCGGGAGGAUGCCGUGCGCUUCAAGCACGUGGGGACCGAGGUGUUCCUGUCCAUCACGGGGGAGCAGUACGGCCACCCCAUUAGAGGCCAGCGGGAAGUUCAUGGCAUGCCUGCUGCCAACCACCACAACUAUUGGAAAGCCAUGGAGGGAGUCUUCAUCAAACCCAGUCUGGACCCUGCAAAACAUGAUGAGCUCUGAAUUGACACAGAAUCCAAAAUGCUUCGUUUGACUCCAGUGUUUGGAGAUGCUAAUCCUUGGUCUCUUCUAAGUCCUGCCUUGCCUGAGUGACUGAUUUUCUGUGUUACUGAAGGGCACUAGUUCAUUCUAGGAAUGCAGCACUUCUGUGGGGAAUGGCUUCUGCCAGCUUUGGCCACUGACACUUAUUUGGUGAAGUCCUUUCUGAAUUUCCAAGCUUUAUUGGUGAAACUAGUUCAUACAUCUGUUAGGUUUUGUUGUCAUUUGUUUGCUUGUUACUUUUUCUCAAAUUUGAAGAAAAUGAAAAAAUGAAAGUAGUACUUUUCUCUAGUCUCAAGUACAAUAAAACUUUGUAUUUUGUAAUCUUUUUCCAGCUAUAAUUAAAUAUUUAGAAAUUGAUUUCUACAUCCUAGUGAAAGAAUGUUAUUGAUGAGGAGAUGGAUUGAGUGUAGAAAUGGAAAAAUGGUUCUGAAAUACAGUGUUUUUUGAAUGAUUUGCAGUCAGCUAUUCAGUCUGGGUUUAAAAAAGGUAGCCAUUUGAAAAUUGCAUCCAAUGUCUUAUGAGAGUUUCAUUCUGUAUUGUAUUGGAAGAGUUGAAAAUAUUGUGUAUGUUGGAGUAAGAAGACAAAAUUUUAAUAGUUUUACUUUGUCCAAGAAAUUCAGAUGUUCUAGUAGCAGUGGUACAGCUGAUUGUCCAUUGGUAAGGCUGCUCUGCUGUAUGAACAGGUGCAGAAAACUCCUGCUUGCUUAAUUAAUAUUGGAAUUUUACAGAGCUUCUUAUGGUGUAAUAGAACAUUUAAAUUUGGCUUACUUCUGUGUCACUCUACAAGAUCAGUAUGACAAUCCAGGUGAAUAAAUGGUGAGGCAUACACCUAUGUGGGUUUUUUUAUGUGUGAAUCCAGAAGAGCAAAAAAAAUCUGAGACAAUGGUUUGGUCAUGGAUUUCUGACAGAGUGGUAUGCACUGGAGUGCUAGCAAGGGAUCUUCACUGAACAAGUUAAGAAUUUCUGUGUUUCUCUGUGAAAAGGAAUUAAUUCUUCAGUGCAUUUUUUACACAGAGUUACUGGAAAUACUGAUUAAAAUUCAAAAUACCAUGUAUUUGUGAUUUUGUCUGAAAUUGAAAAGCUCACCAAAUCAGUGAGAAAAGUCAGAACAUUCAGGUGUUCUUGUUUCCGUGUGUAAAUAGUUUACUGAUUAUGGUGCUCAUUAGUCAAUCAGUUAAAGAAGCAGGGAACUGAUUUACUGCUCUUACAGCUCCAGCUGGGAGCUGCAGUGUCGGUGUUGUGUUGAGAGGGCGCAGUAGGCAGUUGAGUUCAGCUUUACAAAUCCAGCAGGCUGCUCUGUGCACCUCAUGCAGGAGUGCUGCCCAGGCUGGCUCUAGGCUUUAUUUAAGGAUUUCCUGCUAGGGAAGAUGUGUCCAAACCCUAUGGAACAAGGAACCUCUAUAACAGCAUUUCUGUGUACCUUGCUAUUUUUCUUCAAAGGAAAAGGGAAGAAUGUUUUUCUAGUAAUUUUAGUUGCAUGUGUGUAUUUAAGGAUUGCAAGCAUUUUGGAGAUUAAGUAGACUGGCUUUUGCUGUUUUGUAUUAGAAAUAAACUUUCCUGUGAUUAAUA